AUGUCAGCUAAUCAUUUCUCGGGCCGUAUCCCAGAUGUCUUCAAGGCGUCUACGCCCACCGAGAAGCCUAUUCACUACAUCGUUACCGGAUUUCUGCUCUUGUUGGUUUUCUACACAGUCGCAAGCCAUGACCAAAGUGUCCCAGAAAUCAACCCUCGCAAGGCACUUGAAGUUACUAACCGGCGUCGUAUCAAUGAUUUCAUCCACAACGGAAAAAGACUCAUGGUUCAGGCCAAAGCGACUUUUGGGAAGAACCCGUAUAGGAUCCUUUCUGAAUGGGGCAGUCUUGUGGUGCUUCCUGCGGACUAUCUACAGGAGCUUCGCAAUGACCCGCGCUUAGACUUCAUGACCCCAUCCAACGAUGACGGACACGGCUAUAUCCCGGGCUUUGACCCAUUUACGGCGAAAGAGGGUCAUCCACAAAUGGUGACAAAGUAUCUCACCAAGGCCCUCACGAAGUUGACCAAGCCGAUUUCUGACGAAGCCACGAUUGUUCUACGCCAGGUCAUGACUGAUUCAACGGAUUGGCAUGAUUUUGUACCUCGCGAUGAGAUCAUCAAGAUUGUUUCCCGUCUAUCCACCAGAGUCUUUAUGGGAGAAGAGCUGUGCCGCGAUGAAGAGUGGUUGAGAGCUUGUGCCGACUACACUGUCACUGCAUUUGGCGUCGGGUAUCAGCUCGGACAGUAUCCCAGAUGGUCCCGGCCAUUGAUUCACUGGUUUCUUCCCUCGUGCUGGGAAGUCCGCCGGCUGUUGUCCAACGCACGUCAUGUCUUGAAGCCCCACAUCGAGAGACGAAAUGCCAAAAAGGCACAAGCUGUCGCAUCCGGUGAUACAACUGCAACCUUCGACGAUGCGAUUGAGUGGUUCAGUCAAAUUUUCAAGGAUAACUACGACCCAGCGACACAGCAGAUCACCCUUUCGCUCGUCGCGAUACACACGACAAGUGAUCUGCUCCAGCAGACAAUGGUAGAUUUGGCUCAGCAUCCAGAGCUUUUCCAACCUCUACGCGAGGAACUCGUGCGCGUGCUGGGAACCGAAGGGUUGAAGAAGUCGGCACUUAACAACCUAAAGCUUAUGGACAGCGUACUGAAGGAGUCUCAAAGACUCAAGCCUGCAUUACUAUGCACAUGGCGGCGUUUGGCCACUGAGAAUAUCGAGCUCUCCAGCGGUUUCGUCGUCCGCAAGGGACAGCGCGUGAUCAUCAACAACACGCACAUGUGGGACGACGAGUGGUAUGACAACCCGGAACAAUACGACGGAUACCGCUUUUUGCGCAUGCGCAACACCGAUGAGGAGAAGCAUGCCCAUCUCGUGAGCGCCAGCCCAAAGCAUACCGCGUUUGGCUACGGCCAGCAUGCCUGCCCAGGCAGGUUCUUCGCUGCAAAUGAACUCAAAAUUGCCUUGGCCCAUCUGUUGCUCAAAUACGACUGGAAGUUGUCCGAUGAGACGGGAAACCCUGAGCCUGUGCCCUUUGGCAUGGCGUUAUUGCCAGACCCCAACGUCAAAUUCCUGAUUCGGAGACGCAAGGAAGAAAUCGAUUUGAAUUCGCUAGAAUGCUGA